AACAAAUUUGCAAGAAAUGCUUUGAUUUAAAGUCACUAAGUCACUAAUAAAUCAAUUAUAACAUCCAGGUGUUUUCCAAUAUGCUAUAAAAGCAAAAUACUUAGCUGUGUACAGUCAGUUUACAUUUGAAACUAAGUGAUAUUGUAAAGAAUGGAAGGCUUUCAGCCGGUGGCAUUAGUAACUCUUUUAUUUGGAAUACUUGGUAUUGUUCAUUGUCAAGAAGUCUUGAGCUCGGAAAACGACAUUUGCAGAUUCUUCAAAGAUGGCGUCUUGUUGCGAAAGCCAGGCUUUUGUCAUAUCGGCAUAAAGUGUGAAAACUUUAAAAGCGUCACUGCGAUCGAAUGUGAAAAAAAUCAGUUUUAUAAUCGAAAUACUAACAAAUGUGAAAAAACUUCUUCCGACAAAUAUUGCGCAACAGCAUGUACUUCAAAAACUCAGGGUUAUAUUGCGGACACUAAGAACUGUCAAGGCUGGUAUAACUGCAAAGGCUCCACCACGGUUAGCUUUGGCUCUUGUGCGAGUAAUCUGGUUUUUAAUGUUAAUAAAAGCAUGUGCGAUUAUCCGGAAAAUUAUUCUUGUAAAAAGGAAUUUAGUUUUUGUGAUGUUGUGCCGAAUUCAAUACCAUUUUUGCACGAGACGAACUGUGCUGGCUACUACGAAUGUGUGAAAGAUAAACUAGUUGAGCAGGCUUGUGAAUACGGCAACUACUUUGAUGUUGAAACAGGAACUUGCAUUCCAAGGAAUCAAGUUAAUUGUGCAAAAUAUCCGUUUCCUGAUGAAGUGUGCGGCAACAAAAAACUUGCAAUUAGAAAUCGCUUUGUCAGUGAUGACGCUUCUUGUCGUGGAUAUUUUUACUGUAAAGACCUUGGUGUUGGCAUCCCAGAUACAGCACCGGUUUGGGGACAGUGCUCGGAAACAAGAUUUUUCGAUCCGAUAGAAGAGGCAUGUUUGCCUCGGGCGUAUGUGCGAUGCGUUGACGAUCGGUGCGACGGUCGAAAUGACGGUUAUGAGAUAAGUUCACAAACGGGUUGUCAACAUUACCUUAUUUGUAAAGGAAACCGCACUUCAGAGGAAAUUUAUUGUGGGGACGAUAAGUGGUUUGAUGCAGAAAAAAAUGAGUGCACCACCACUAUUAAAUCGUAUCCAGCUUGCUCUUAAUUCUUUACUUAUGUUAUACCAUAUAAUUGGAACAACUAUACUCAACACUAACACUAUUCUCAGUUUAUAAAGCUUUUUCAGUUCCACAUUAAUUAAUUAAUAUGUAAAUUAAAAGACAGAAAAUGUUAAAAUAAAAAAUAUCCUACCAAUCUAUAUAUAAAGAAUAAAGUGAAUGUUGGUAAACCGAUAAGGGUAACAGAAGUAAUGUCACUGCGCAACUGAUACACACACAUACAUAUGUAUUUCUAAAUUUACGCUUGACUGUGCACAAAAGAUUACUACGACAUCUGUUGGAAGCUAGAAGGAUUUUGAUUGAUACAGUGGCAACUAAUUCCUUUAAAUUUUAUAUAUGCAUUGGGAAAGAUUAUAUGUAUAUAUGUACAUACAUAUGUAUGUAUAUUCAAGAUAAAAACGAAAAUGUAAAAUGCAAUAACUUCCCAUACAAAAAUUAUUUUAAUAUUUUAUAAGCACUUACCAUAUUUUAUUUAACUUCGUUUCGCAUCAUCUGCAAUAAAUUGAUACAAUUCCGUA